AUGGAGCCAUUCCUGGGUACUUGGAAGUUGACGGAGAGUGAUGGCUACGACGAGCUGAUGCGGCGACUGGGAGUGAAUGCGGUAAUGGCCAAAAUCGGCAGCACCCUCAAACCCAAGUACAGCUUCACCGACUUGGGCGAUGGCAGGUACCAGAUCAGGAUGGACAGCACCAUGAAGAAAGCCGAGUUCACCUUCAAACUGGGCGAGGAGUGUGACGAGGUCACGCCUGACGACCGACAUGUCAAGUCAACCGUCACGGUGGAGGACGGCGUCAUGAAACAGGUCCAGGUUGGCAAGCCACGAAGCACACUCGUGGAAAGGGUCGUCGAAGGCAACACCAUGACUGUGACUGUCAAACUGGACGACUUUGUGUGCAAGCGAAAGUACACCAAGUGCUAG